AUGCAGAUCUCAACGAGAAAGCUCCGCUCCACCAUCCAGCGCUUUCAAUACGACUCGCCGUCUACCAUUCCCUCACCUACACCCAGGGUUACGACAGGCACCUCGCCGUCCCAAAGCAUACGCAAACGCAGAGCCGCGGAUAGUAACAGUAACGCUCGACAAGACUCUCCCUCUCCCUCCAAACGUCGACGUCAAUCCUCCAAAUACGCCCCACCCUCCAAAUACGCCCACCUCCCCAAACUGACCGACAUCCUCCAACCCAACCUCAUCUGCAUCUUCGUCGGCACGAACCCCGGCAUCCAAACCGCCACCGCCGGCCACGCCUACGCGCACCCGAGCAACCUCUUCUGGAAACUCCUCCGCUCCUCCGGCUGCACGGACGUCCGUCUCCCGCCCGAACACGACGUCCACUUGCCGGAAUGGUAUGGCAUGGGAAAUACGAAUAUCGUAGAACGGCCGAGUAAGGAUGCGGCGGAGUUGAGUAAAGCGGAGAUGGCUGCUGGCACGCCGGUGCUGGAGGAGAAGGUGCGCAGGUACAGACCCGAGGCGGUGUGUAUUGUGGGCAAGGGGAUUUGGGAGGCGGUGUGGCGGUGGAGGUAUAAGCGAGAGCUGAAGAAGGAAGAGUUUCGGUGGGGUUGGCAGGAGGAUGGAGAGCGCAUGGGGAAGGGAGAGGGGUGGGAAGGGGCGCGGGUGUUUGUGACGAGUUCGACCAGUGGGAGUGCGGCGAGUCUACGGCCGGCGGAGAAGGAGGCGAUUUGGGCGCCGUUUGGGGAGUGGGUGAAGAUGAGGCGAAAGGAGAGGUUUGGCACGGAGGGCAGGAUUGAUAGGGUCCAGUACGCGAUGGAGCAUGAAGAUGACGAAGCUGUUGAGGGGGAUUAG